AUGGCCCUUCCAGGCAAGCUUGCAGACCUAAAUCAGCAUCGGCUGGCGAAUACAUCUUCCAUUUGGGGAGUCGUGGAGGAAUGGACAAAUGACCAGCUCACCUCGCCCCAGCCGUGGCUUUUCGUUUUCAAUGCUUGCAUUUCCACGUCUGGUCUGGAGCACGCUCAGUUUGGUCCCUCAGAAUUCCCAGCCGUAAAAGGACGUUUCCGCCACGAGAGUCCGUCGCGAAGUGACAGUGUCGAUGACAAUCGGACUAUCCCCUCCCUUUGCGUCCUGCACUUCGCUCGUGCGCAGCAGGAGUCAGCCCGAGAAGCAAGUAAGGGCUUCUACCUGUGGCCAAAAGCAGCAGUUUACAGCUGUGCUGGAUUUUUCAAGGUUUUCGAAUCCAGCCCUGGCAGCUGUGGCCUCCCUGGGGGGUUGAGGGGGGUGUCCCUGGUCCGGCCUGGUUGUGACCCCAAAUGCGAGGGCUUCCAGCAGGCCCUCGACUCUCGGGUGGGAGAGGGCGCUCAAGACUACGUUCGAACUUUGGAAUUUCAGGCUCUGCCCGUGGGAAAACCGGUGAAAAUCCCAACCUGGUGCGCAAUCACGCGGGGCCGCUGGGUGUCAAUCCUGGCCGAGGCCCGGUCCGGCAGGGGAAGCGCCAACUCCCCGGUGAAACAGCAACCUCUGAAGGUGUGUGGUUAUGGCCCAGUAACCACACGCCUCUCUGACACCGAGAACAACCAUCCCAAGCCCGGGGACUUUAACCGCUGCCCAUCUCCCGGUGGUCGUUCCCGAUGCAGCCCCCCCCCCUGGCCCCGCCGCCCCCUGCUCCGGCUGCUGCUCCUGCUGGGCUCCGCCGCCCCCAGCAAGCCCGAGCCGCUGUCUCAUCUACCGGCCCCGCACAACGCCACGCUUUACCUGUACAACCUGGAGCGGGUCCUGCGAUGGCAACCAGUCAGCCUGCCGGAUGGUCUGAGCGAUCUCGCCGGUCCCGUGACCUACAGCGUGGAGUACCGAUACACCCUGGGGAACUGGUUAGGGCUGUUGUGCGCCAACUGCACGGGGAUCGCCACCACCGUGUGCCACCUCCCCCCGCCGUGCUUCUUCCCCAACUUAAACGUGACCCUGCGGGUCCGCGCCCAGCUCGGGGCCCUGUCGUCUCCCUGGCUCCGGCUGCCGUCCUUCAAGCUGUACCACAACGUCACUAUCGGGCCACCUCAGAACAUCCAGGUGACUUCUGAGGACGGGACUCUCCGCCUGACCUUUUCUCCGCCCUUUGAGGACGACACCUGGAGGUUCCAGUACUAUGUCCACUACUGGCCCAAAGCGGGGAUCAAAAAGACCCUAGGUCCCGUCAGCAACAAGUGGCUGCUGUUGGAAGACGUCCGUCCGGUGACGGAAUACUGUCUGCAGGUGCAGGCCAGCCUGCAGAACCCCCACAGGACCGGCCUCCUGAGCAAUACGACUUGCCUCGAGACCACGGCUGACGCCAUGACCAGAGCCCAGUAUGCCUUCUUCAUCUUCCUGGGGGCCCUGUUAGCCAUGGUGACCCUGGCCUUCGGCUGCUUCCUGCUGGUGCGGCAUUCGCGUGGCCUCAUCAAGUACUGGUUCCAGACGCCCCCCACCAUCCCCUCCCAGAUCGAAGAGUACCUGAAGGACCCCAAGCCGCCCAUUUGGGAGGAGCUGAUGCAGAACUCCGCUGCCGCCGAAGGGUCCUGGGAUUCGGUGUCCGUCUUGUCGUGGGCUGAUGACCACCAAGAGACCGGCAGAGCGGAGCAGGGGCCGGAAAGCUGCUGACCCUCUUCCCGGGACCCCCCCGGGUGAGGGAUCGCCUCCCGGUGGCACCCCUUUUUGGACAGUCUCUGCCCCGUUGGAUCUCCUCGCCCAGGCCGCAGGGAUGACUUGGGAGCAUCUUCAUGUGAUCAUUUGGCCUAAAUGACGUUUCAGCUGAAUGACCCGAGCUCUGAAUCGUUUCUGCGGCGACCCUCCUUGAUGCAUGAUUUCUGGCCCCCGCACCCUGGGGACCCUAAACACUAAGACAGCACGGAAGGAGAACCACGCACGCACCCCGGCUCCCCAGACCAGCGACCUGGGAGUCCUUGCUGAAUCCCGGAACACUUUUAUAAUUUAAGAAUAAAAAUUUAGCAAGGAAA